AUCACGAAGCGCAAGUACUCGACCUCCAUCGAUCCGCGCAACUACUUGACGGUAUUUGAGUACAAGAUCAACGAGUCCUGGAUCAUCUGGGACUACUCCUCCGGCCUGGUACAUCUCACAGGGCUUUGGAAGGCCAUAGGCAACUCGAAAGCCGACAUCGUGAAACUGGUCGACUCAUCGCCCGAGCUCGAGCCCGACCUCAAGCGCGUGCGUGGCGGAUUUUUGAAGAUCCAGGGGACCUGGAUACCUUUUGAAUUAGCGCGCAAACUGGCCGCCAGAUUUUGCUACAAAAUCAGAUACGCCCUUGUUCCCAUGUUUGGC